AUGUGCGGCUGUCCUCGCAUUAUUCUAGCAAUCAUGCUGGAUCUGGCAUGUGGCACCUAUGAUGGCCAGCUGCCAGAAGACAUCUGUGACACGACCGGCCAAUGCGAAGUCUCUCUCCGACAGCUGCGCGGGGAGGUGAAGUUGCAGCAGGACAUGGACAUGUGGCGCCAGAACGAAAGUGCGGAUGCAGCGAUGCAUGCUGAUAGGGUCGAGGCGAUCUUGGACGUGUAUUUCAAGGACAUCAACAUGACCGGGCGUCGCAUCGCGGAGGCAAUCCAUAAUGAACAAACUUGGGCAGAGUGUGCUAGUGUGGACUGGACGCAAGAGGCGUUGGAGUUCGAUUCCACAGGAAAGCUCGGGGAAAUGAGGAAGCGGUUGGGAGUGGAUGCAUACUGUGCCAAGAAGAAAACGGACGUCACAUGCCUGGCAAUUGAGGUGUUGGACCCUACGGGCGUGGUGGGAUUCGGUGUUUGCUCAAUUCUCCGAACCGUUCUGACCGGCAGCCCACACCAACAGCAGCAGGGAACGUGCGGGUGGGUUUCAAGCCUCGGGGCACUGAGCUGGGCAGCCCCGGCCCAGGCAAUCAAGAUGGGUAUGCGACUCUUCUGGACCGGAACCAUGUUGAAGUCCAUCAAGACGUGCGCCAACAUCUAUGACUUGCAGCCAGGACUUGUGCCCCUGGUGAAAGGAUCCGCGGAGCGCGUGCUCUGCUACAAACGCUGCCACACCUUCGAGGGAUGGCAGCCAGUUCAAGCUUCUGGGGUGACGGCCAUGUGGACCUAUGCAUUGUUGAGCAGCAUCGUUGAACAUCCCCAGGGUUGUCCGAUACCUUCGGCGAUCAACGUCGUAUACACCGACAUGGAGUUCGAAGAUCCUGAAGCCUGGCAGCAGUUCCGGCAAAUCUCGGACCAGGGCGAGAAUCAAUCGAUAGCCAUGUGUAAGCGUCUCAUCAGCCCUGACUGCGACAUAGCCUGGCUGGAUGGCAGGGGCGACUCGGUCGCUUUGGAACGGGCUUGCAAGGUCGUCGAGAAUGGUGGUGUGGCGCUGACUGUCGUCGACGGUAAACCCCUCUCUACCGCAUCCACGAAGCCAUCGCAGCCCGGGAUCUACGUGGGCGAUUUACUUGCCAAAUUCGGUAUCGGAGACAAAAGCAAUCAUGUGACCUACCUCCAGAGCUGCGACCCGGAAAGAGACAGCUAUGCCAUUUGGACUUGGGGAGGUCCCCUGUACCUUACCAAAGAGAAUCUCAUCGGUUCCACGACGUCUCCCGGGCAGCUCCUCUUUGCAACGCUUUUGGCAAGGAAGGUGCACAUCUUCGAUGACUAA